UCUACUUUUUCAGCGGGUUAGAGUAGCAAGGCUGAAGACUGUGUAAUACGGUAGAGAGAGGAGCAGACAGCCAAAAGCUGGGAUCCAAUGUUGUAGCUUUAAAUAAAAAGUCAACCUCAAGAAAGACCAGUUGACAUUAAGUAUCUGGGAAGUUCCUGUAGAUGAGUCAAAAAUGUUCUUCUGUAUCUGGUGGGUUUUGUAAAUCACUACUGGAGGUUAGCCAAGGAGUGAAGUGGAAACUUACCUGAAUUCCUGGAACCAGAGAGUGCAUAAGUCUAGUUUUCUCCUAAGAAAUAAAACCAAAUACUACUCUUUGGGAAGUGCAGAUCAAGGCAUCCUGGCUUAUUAUUUCUAAAGCCAAAUAUCUUCUGUUGAUUAGAUGCCAUUAUAUGCUGGGCAGACUUCCCAGAUAUAAGCAACUGAGAUUCAGAAUAUUAGAAUAUGAGUUACUGCAGUCUCCUGUUGAAGCCAUGUGAAGAGAAGUUGUAAAAAAGCAAAAUAGAAACAUAAUACCAUCAAACGAAUAUUUUUCCUUUGGACAUUUGGAUUGAAAGCUGGAAAAGUUGAUCUGUUUCUGAAGUCUCUGAAGCCACAACCUUUAACAGGACGCCAGCAUUACAAAAAGGAAAUCAGAUGGUACUUUUCGGUUACCACUCUUAAGCGAUAAAGAGUCCACCCUGCAGAAACGCCAUCUCCCCUGAGUUGCGAUGAAGUGCUCUUUGCAAUUUAGCCUGGUAUGCAUCUUGGUUUGCUUGCUGCCUUCGGCUGUCUCCAAGGACUGCAUCUUUUGUGAAGUUACUUCCUCAACAAUAUGUCCUGGCCUCAGGAUGAGCUGCGCUGAAGACGAAGACUGCUUUGUGGGUGAAGGGGUUGCCUUGGGGGUUUCAGACAUCCUGAACAAGGGGUGUACCCGCUCCAUCAACUGUGGCAAAGAGCAACCUGUUGCCUACAUGGGUGUCACCUACAGCUUGGUCACCAACUGCUGUAAGGGGAACUUGUGCAACGGGGUUCAGUCCCUGAGAGGCCCUUCCCUUUUCCUUCAGUUUGCCCUCAUCGGCCUCCUGAGGGGGUUCCUCUGAUUUUAAAAAAAAGUUUCAAGCAAUAAAAUAAUCGGGAUAUUUUUGGAAUGUUAAA